AUGUGUGGUGCCCAUGGAACUCAAUUAUCAGGUGGACAAAAACAAAGAAUUGCUAUCGCUCGAGCUUUAAUUCGAAGCCCAAAGAUUUUAUUACUUGAUGAAGCAACAAGUGCGUUAGAUAGUGAAAAUGAAAAGAUAGCUCAAGAAGCAUUAGAUCGUGUUCAACAAAAUCGUACAUCGAUAACAAUUGCACAUCGUUUAUCAACAAUUCAAAAUGCAGAUAUAAUAUGUGUUAUUCAUAAUGGAAACAUCGUGGAAAGUGGAAGUCACGAAGAAUUACUUGCUCUUGGUGGUCGAUAUUAUCGAUUAGCAACAAAAGGAAUGAGAUAG